AUGGUGGCGAAACACACGGGUGCGGAUGCUGAGGAGACCAAACUCGAACGCGAGCUUCAGAAUGAUGUAAAUGAAGCAGAAAAGAGGAGCGAAGGGCCCGCCGAGCGCCGGCCAUUUUCUGAACUGGACCUCACUCCCGGCACGGCGCAGGCACUAGAGCGCAUGGGCUUUACGACCAUGACGGAGGUGCAGGCGCGCUGUAUUCCUCCGCUCCUUGCAGGCAAGGAUGUGCUUGGUGCAGCGCAGACGGGCAGUGGCAAGACGCUGGCCUUCUUGAUUCCUGCCGUGGAAAUGCUCCAGCGUCUCCGCUUCAAGCCACGCAACGGCACCGGCGCUAUUAUCAUUUCGCCUACGCGCGAGCUUGCGCUGCAGAUUUUUGGAGUUGCCAAGGAAUUGAUGGCGAACCAGAGCCAGACACUGGGCAUUGUAAUGGGCGGUGCGAACCGCAAAGCCGAGGCGGACAAGCUGCAGAAGGGUGUUAACCUGAUUGUGGCUACGCCGGGUCGACUCCUGGAUCAUCUGCAGAACACGAAGGGAUUCGUGUUCACAAAUCUCAAGUCGCUCAUCAUUGACGAGGCGGAUCGAAUUCUGGAGAUUGGUUUCGAGGACGAGAUGCGCGAAAUUAUCAAGCUGUUGCCGAGCGAGAAUCGUCAGUCGAUGCUGUUCUCGGCGACGCAGACGACCAAAGUGCAGGACCUUGCACGCAUUUCUCUGCGUCCCGGUCCCCUGUACAUCAAUGUGCAUGAGCAGAUGGCAGCCUCGACGGUGUCGAAGCUCGAGCAGGGCUAUGUCGUGUGUGACAGUGACAAACGCUUUCUGCUGCUCUUCACAUUCCUUAAGCGCAACGCAGGCAAGAAGAUUAUUGUCUUUAUGAGCAGUUGCAACAGUGUCAAGUACCAUGGGGAGCUGCUUAACUACAUUGAUGUGCCUGUGCUUGAUCUGCACGGGAAGCAAAAGCAGCAGAAGCGUAGCACCACGUUCUUUGAGUUCUGCAACGCAAAGAGCGGCAUUUUACUGUGCACAGACGUGGCCGCGCGUGGCCUUGACAUUCCCGCCGUCGACUGGAUUAUCCAGUACGAUCCACCAGACGACCCGCGCGACUAUAUCCACCGGGUCGGCCGUACCGCGCGUGGCGGCAAGGGCGGCCGCUCACUGCUGUUCCUGCUGCCGAGUGAGCUUGGCUUCCUACGCUUCCUCAAGGUGGCCAAGGUGCCACUGAACGAAUACACGUUCCCCCCCAAUAAGAUCGCCAAUGUGCAAAACCAGUUGGAGAAGCUUAUCUCGAAGAACUACUACUUGCACCAGUCGGCCAAAGAAGGAUACCGCUCGUAUAUCCAGGCGUAUGGCUCCUAUUCCCUCAAGCGCAUCUACGACAUCCACGCCUUGGACCUUGCCAAAGUCGCCAAGGCAUUUGGAUUUGCGGUGCCUCCGAAGGUCAAUGUGACGAUCGGCACUGGUCUUAAGGCACGCAAGGAGCGGACGGGCAAUGACGAUGAGGACAGCGACGAGCCGCAGGGCAAGCGCCAGCGUGUGGAUCGUCGCUCCUAUGGUGCAGCGGGUCGCGAAGACAAGGCGGCCAAAUACCGCCCGCAAAAGCGCCAGGGAGGCCAGCAAUGGAGUCGGUAA